AUGAAUAAUGACAAAGAAAGUUUCAUCAUAUUCACGGAAAGAGAUGGAUUUGAUAAAAAUCAAAAACUUGAAAGCAAAUUAUAUCUAUCUACUGACGGAAGAUAUUCAUUGCUUGAAUUAUGUUGUUACCAUGGAGCUGUUGAUUGUUUCAAGUUAUUAAGAACGAAAUUCGGCUCAAAUAUAACUCAACAAUGUCUCGAACUUUCAUUUUUAGGUGGAAAUCCAGAGAUCAUGAGUGAAUGUUUGAAAUAUCAAAAACCAAAUGAAAAAUGCAUGGAAUAUGCAAUUAUUUCACACAACAUUGAUUUUGUUACAUUCUUGAAGAAUGAAUAUGAUAUUAUGAUCUAUUUAGAAUACUGUGAAAAUUACAAUAAUCUUGAAGCAUUUUUAGUUUAUUUCGAUCAAACUAAUAAUUUUGGCCAAUGCUUUGUUUAUUCACCAAUGUUUAAUAUUCCGUCUCUUAUCGAAUACUUCCUUUCACAUGGUGCAAACAUCAAUAAAACAAAUAAUUAUAGAGAAACAGCACUUCAUAUUGCGGCACAGCAAAAUAAUAAAGGAACUGCUGAAGUUCUCAUUUCACAUGGUGCAAAUAUCGAUGAAAAAAAUAAAGAUGGAGAAACAGCACUUCAUAUUGCAGCACGGCAAAAUUGUAAAGAAACUGCUGAAGUUCUCAUUUCACAUGGUGCGAAUAUCGAUAAAAAAAAUAAAGAUGGAGAAACAGCACUUUAUAUUGCAGCACGGCAAAAUUGUAAAGAAACUGCUGAAGUUCUCAUUUCACAUGGUGCGAAUAUCGAUGAAAAAAAUAAAGAUGGAGAAACAGCACUUCAUAUUGCGGCACAGCAAAAUAAUAAAGGAACUGCUGAAGUUCUCAUUUCACAUGGUGCGAAUAUCGAUAAAAAAAUAAAGAUGGAGAAACAGCACUUUAUAUUGCAGCACGGCAAAAUUGUAAAGAAACUGCUGAAGUUCUCAUUUCACAUGGUGCAAAUAUCGAUGAAAAAAAUAAAGAUGGAGAAACAGCACUUCAUAUUGCAGCAUGGCAUAAUAUUAAAGAAACUGCCGAAGUUCUCAUUUCACAUGGUGCGAAUAUGA